AUGGCCAUGAUCCUGAAUGCCUUAGCAUCCAACGUGCUAAACAUGUUAAUGGAGGUAGGAAAAGAAGAGGUGAGCUUGCUUCUCGGAGUCUCCGGUGAGAUCAAUAGGAUGCGCGUUCGGCUCCAGGACCUCAGGAACUUCUUGACCGAUGCUGACAGAAGGCGCAUCACCGACAAUAGUGUCCAGGGAUGGGUGACAGAGCUCAAGGGUGUCAUGUAUGAAGCAACCGACAUCCUUGAUCUCUGCCAGCUCAAGGCCAUGGAGCAAAGUCCAUUAGCAUCACAAAAGGGGUGCUUCAACCAAUUAUUCUCCUGCCUGCGCAGUCCCCUCUUCACCCAUGAUAUCAGCAGCCGCAUCAAGGUGCUUAACCAGAGACUAGACAACAUUAAGGAGCGGAGUGCUGCCUUUAGCUUCAUCAACCUCGGCUCCUACGAUGACCAUGGUGGCAAAGUACAUGCCUCACAUGUUGCCUUUCCCAGCCGCGAGACGUCAGGGGAGCUUGACCGGUCGGGUGUCGUCGGGGAGAAGAUCGAACAGGACACGAGAAAGCUGGUGGAGAUCAUGUUGACUGGAAUCAAGGGGGGAACGAGCCAUGGAGACGGCAAAGUCAUGGUUUUCGCUAUUGUGGGUGUUGGCGGGAUCGGCAAGACCACUCUCGCCCGGAAGGUCUUCAACGACGAGGCUAUCCAAAGUGAGUUCGACAAGACAAUAUGUGUCAGCAUCAAUCAAGACCUCAACGAAGCUGAGCUGCUGAAGAGAGCCAUCAUUGAAGCAGGGGGAGACCAUUCACAUGCUGGAAAUGCAAAGGCCACGCUUCAACGAGUCCUCAAGGAUACCUUGACAGGGAAGAAGAUCUUGCUAGUGAUGGAUGAUGUUUGGAAUAAUAUAGCAUGGGAGGAUGUGCUCAAAACACCGCUUGUUAAUGGGGCCACUCCAGGUAGCCGAGUCCUGGUCACCACUAGAGAUGAAAGAGUCGCCCGAGGGAUGAAAGCUAUACCUCCCUACCACCACAUCGACAAAUUAGAUGCCGAUGAUGCUUGGUCCUUGCUCAAGAAACAGGUAGCCGCAAGUGAGAUGGAUGAGUCCGAUAUUGCUGCACUAAAGGAUACUGGAAUGGAAAUUGUAUCAAAAUGUGAUGACUUGCCGCUCGCAGUCAAAGUGAUGGGAGGGCUCUUGCGUCAGAAAGAUAGAAAUCACAGUGACUGGGGUAAGGUCUUGAAUGAUUCUGCAUGGUCGGUUGUUGGAAUGCCUGAAGAGCUUAACUAUGUUGUAUACAUAAGCUAUGAAGAUCUAUCUCCUUGCCUGAAGCAAUGCUUUUUGCACUACUCCCUUCUCCCUAAAAACAUAGUCUUUGGCAGCAAUACAAUUGUUGGGAUGUGGAUCGGCGAAGGAUUUGUCCAUGGAAGCUCAUCAGAUGACCUAGAAGAACUUGGGAGACAGUACUAUAAAGAGUUGAUCUUGCGAAACCUCAUAGAGCCGUACAACAAGACUAUCAAUCAAUAUCAUUGCAUCAUGCACGAUGUUGUUCGCUCAUUUGGUCAAUGCAUGUCACAAGAUGAAGCAUUAGUAGCUCAUAUUCGCGAGACUUCCACAAUUAGUAAACUUGGUUCCCAAAAGUUUAUUCGCUUAUCUAUAGAAACCGGAGGAUCUGAAUCAGAUAAACUGAAGUGGAGCAUGUUACAAGAACAGAAACAUGUAAGGACACUAAUAUCAGCUGGCCAAUUCGAGGUCAAGCCCAAUGAAACAUUGAAUUAUUUUUCAAGUCUACGUAAUUUGCACAUUCAGUCCGCAAACAUUGCUGCAUUGGUUGAUCAUAUAUAUCAACUCAAGCACUUGAGGUAUUUGUCUGUACGAGACUCUGACAUAUUUAGGCUGCCAGAUAACAUUGGCGAGAUGAAAUUUUUGCAGCUCCUUGACCUUAGGAGCUGUAGAAAAUUGAAGAAGCUUCCUAGUGGCAUUGUGAAACUAGGACACCUGAGGUAUCUUAACAUGAAUGAAACUAGUAAAGAUGCCACCAUACCUCGGGGGUUUGGUGCGCUAUCAAAUAUGAGGAUACUUUUCGGGUUUCCAGGCCACGUGGAUGACGAGUGGUGUAGUUUGGAAGAGUUGGGCCCUCUUUGUGAGCUAAGGAAGCUUGGUUUGAACAGUUUGGAGAAUGUAUAUGAUGCCUCAUCUGCUGAAAAGGCAAGGUUGUGUGAGAAAGUGCAUCUUACCAAGCUGAUCUUACGCUGCAGUAGUAGGACGGGAGACGAUGGGUUGGUGGAAGAGGAAGCAGGCGUCUCUGAGGAAGAGCAAAGAAAAAUCAUAGGGUUGUUUGAUGAGUUGUGCCCUCCACAUUGCUUAGAACGCCUGGAAAUUGGAGGAUAUUUUGGCCGACGGCUACCAAGGUGGAUGACGUCCACAUCUGCAACGGCCCUGAAGAGCUUAAAUACUCUCUGGAUUGAUGACCUGACUUGCUGCACCCAACUGCCUGAUGGUUUAUGUGAGCUCCCAUACUUGCAAUUCAUUCAUAUCUGCCAUGCUCCAGCAAUCAAGCAUGUUGGUCCUGAAUUCAUGCAACUCUACCAUCAUUGUAGUCAUCCUCCUUCCAAGACAAUGGUUUCAUUUCCCAGAUUGAACAAGCUGGACUUAAAAGAAAUGGUGCAAUGGGAGGUAUGGGAGUGGGAAGAAGAAGUGAAAGCCAUGCCCGUUUUGGAGGAGGUUCAGCUCAAGCAUUGCAAACUGAGGUGCCUUCCUCCGGGUCUUUCCUACCAUGCAAGGGCUUUGAGAAAACUAUCUCUAGAAAGCAUCCAACACCUCACUUCACUUGAGAACUUUGCUUCUAUCGUCGAUCUUGAAGUGUCCCAAAACCCUGACCUGGAGAGGAUCACCGAUCUCCCCGUAUUGCAGAAGCUCACCAUCAUCAUGUGCCCAAAGAUGAAGGUACUGGAGGGUGUGCCAUUACUCCAAAGCCUCUUUCUAGAGGACUACGGCAUGGAAGCACUCCCGGAAUACAUGCGAGGCGUAAACCCAAGGCAAUUGAAUCUGGAUUGCAGCAUAGCAGUGCUCAGAUCCAUAGCUGCGGGACAACCGGGCCCUGAGUGGGCAAAAUUCAGCCAUGUCGGGCGUGUCAAGGGGUAUGCGCGGGAGGAAGACAACAAAAGAAAAUGGUACGUGAUGUACACAAGAGAACCCUACAACUUGGAGACAGAUAUCGACUAUUGA